AUGUUUAAACUACAUACUUUCUUAACACCACCUUUCAAUAAGUUUGCGGUCUUUCUCCUUUAUGGUUUGUUAUCACUAGCGUUAAUAACGUUAGCACAGGAAGAUGGAAAGGAAACUACUAUAUCGAAUGGAAAUGGCAACAAGAAUGACACUUGUAUAGUACCCUUACCAAUUGCGGAGACGAACAUACAAGUAACAAUAGGGUAUGUUCAACUUUUUAGAAUAAAUCAACAAUCAUUACAACCAAAAAUACCAGAAAGUCCCAUUCCAAAAGUUCAAUGGAGUAAUUAUGAUUUUAUAAAUGUUAUUGCAUAUCCACAAGACGAAGGAGGAGAUUGGUAUAGUAUUUUCCGUCCAAAAGAUAAAAACAAAUUAAAAAUCAUAAAUAAUUUGUUUGAAGAGGUCAAACAAUCAGCUAAAAUUCUUCUUUCAAUAAGAAAUUAUAACGUUGAACAAUGGCCGCAAGAUGAUGAUGUCGAUUAUCAAAAAAUUAUUGACGAAUCAAUUACAACUAUUAAAGAGUAUCAUUUAGAUGGUAUAGACAUUGAAUAUCCUGGAAUGAGAGGAUUUUUAUGUGGUGUUAAAACUUUAAUGUUAACAGUUGGUAGAGAUGUAAUUGUAAAUUUAAAAGAUGUAAUGAAUAAUAUUAAUUUUCUAAACAUAGAAACUUAUCAUAAUAGCUUAUACCAAAAUUUAAAAACACCAGACAAUGUCAAUUAUAUAUCAUAUCCAAACUCUCCAUUAGAUCUAUACAAAAGAACAUAUGAAGAUUGGAAUAAUAUUGAUGGAAUUGAUAGCAAAAAAAUAAUUAUGGGUGUAGAUUUUGGGAAUACCAUUCAAAUGGUAUCUAGGAAAGAAAUUGAACAAACGCAGACUGUUUUGACUCCCAAAUCUGUUAUUUUUGAUGUUAAGAAGCUAGGUUUGGAUGAUCAAACCCAACCAAUCAGAAAUUUUUGUCCUGAAGAAGCUGAUUCUAAAUUAUAUUCAUGGCCAUGGAGAGAUCUUUCAAAUUCCAUUCUAAAUCCAUCAGGAGGAUUUUGUUCUAUUAAUACGAAUAUUCAGAGUAAUCUUAAUUGGACACGUAAAUUUGUAGAAACAGAUAUUUCCGCAACUCCAUGGUUAUAUAGCGUUGUUGAUACUAAAUUUAAUUUUUAUUUAUAUGUAUCUUAUGAAGAUUUUGUUUCGUUGCAUAGUAAGUUAGAAUUUGCAAUGACUAAUUCAAUCGGAGGAAUGUCAAUAUCUGACGUUAGUUAUGAUGACAUCAACAAUAGUUUAUUAAACUUUAUGCAACCAAUACGAGGUAAAGCGGUUCCACCAGCUGGUGGUUCAUCUUCAUCGAAUGAAGGUAAUGGAAAAUCUAAUUCAAAUCCUAAUGAUUCGGCCAAACAAAAGAAAAAAGCCGGUGGAAUAAUCGCUGGGUCAGUUAUUGGAAGUAUAAUUGGUCUACUUUUAUUGGGAAGUUGCGCAUACUGGUAUCGUCAAAAAACUCUUCUUAAAUCCGAAGCUGGAGAUAUUAAACCGAAGGGUGCACAUAUGACGACUUCAAAGAGUGAAAUGGCAUCCGAACAAUCACCAAAUCGAUUUGGAUCUCCCACAGUUUUACCAGUUGCAUCUGGUCAUGUCACAGCAAUGUUUGAUUUCAUUGGAAAAGAAGAGAAUGAUUUAAGUUUCAAGAAAGGAGAUAUUAUUGAAGUAUUGGAGAAAGGUGAUGGACCAAAUGAUUGGUGGAUUGGAAGAGUUCAUGGAGUUGUGGGUGAAUUUCCUGGUAAUUAUGUCAAAGAAUCAUAG